CGGUUGAUGAAAAUGAGCUGAAUGUACUGAAGCACACAGAAGUGAAGGAUCAAGAGAAGAGAUCUGCUGAAACUAACGAGCUCAGCCAUAUUCAGACUCUUUAAUGGAGCUUCUAAUAGAGUUUCACCUCAGGACGACUCAGGUGAUGAUCUGGACGUGGAGGACGGUACCAUGAAGCAGGGUUAUCUGUUCAUCAGGAUGGACAACAUCUUUAAAACAUGGAGCAGGCGCUGGUUCUCCAUUCAGAACAACCAGAUCGUCUACAGGAAGAAGUUAAACGAUAACGUGAACGUGCUGGUGCAGGAUCUGCGUCUGUGUUCAGUUAAACAGUGUGAGGACGUCAGACGCUGCUUCUGCUUUCAGCUCAUCACACCUACAAAGACCUGGAUGCUCCAGGCUGAUUCAGAGAAGAUCAGACAGGAUUGGAUCAGAGCCACACAGAGCAGCAUCAUCACAGCCUUCAGCACCACAUCAGAUCAGGAGGACGCCGAGCUGAAGAGCGAUGAUGAUGAUGAUGAUGAUGAUGUGGAGGCUGAAGGUGGGAUCAUGAUGGAGGGUUUUCUGUUCAAGAGAGCCACUAAUGCAUUUAAAACAUGGAGCAGACGCUGGUUCUCCAUAAAGAACAACCAGAUUCUCUACCAGUCCGAGUUUAAGAAUAAAACCACCGUGAUGGUGGAGGAUCUGCGUCUGUGCUCAGUUAAACCGUGUGAGGAAACCCGACGCUGCUGCUGCUUCCAGAUCAUCACACCUACAAAGAGUGUUACACUGCAGGCUGAUUCAGAGGAGACGAGACAGGGUUGGAUCAGCGCUAUACAGAGCAGCAUCAUCACGGCCUUUAACAGCACAUCAGGUCAGGAGGUGAAGUCAGUGCUGACCACAGGACCUUCACAGAAAGAUGAAAGUCCAGUACAGAAGAUCAGGGCUAUCGAGGGGAACGACACGUGCUGCGAGUGCGGCCGGCCCAAGCCGGAAUGGGCCAGCGUUAAUCUGGGGAUCACACUGUGUAUCCGGUGUUCCGGCAUCCACAGGAGUUUAGGAGUAAACAUCUCCAGGGUGAGGUCUCUGACUCUGGACAGGUGGACACCUGAGACCAUUCAGCUGAUGUGCGAGCGAGGAAACAACAUGAUGAAUCUGAUCUAUGAAGCUCGCAGGGAGGAACUCGGGAUCAGAAAAGCUCAGCCUGGAGACUCAAGGGACGAUGUGGAAUCUUACAUCAGAGCCAAAUACAUCCAGCAGCGCUUCAUCAGGAAGAAACCUGAUCAAGAACCUCAGCUGUUGUCCAAAGAACCACAAGAACCACGACUGCUGGCUGUAGAACCACGACUGCUGGCUGUAGAACCACGACUGCUGGCUGUAGAACCACGACUGCUCGCUGUAGAACCACGACUGCUGGAUGUAGAACCACGACUGCUGGCUGAGGAACUGCAGAAGAUGGCUAAGAUGCUGGAAAAAGAAUUACAGCUGAUGGCCGAAAUACUGCAGCUGCUGAACAUCAAAUGCCAUUAAAUCCCUAAAACACACACACACACACACACACACAUAAAUCCAAAACUUAUAUUUUAUAUUUGGCUAAAAUUUCACCUCUUCCCAGUAAAACAAGAGCAAACUAACUUAACAUCAUCACACAUAGAUAAUAACAGCAUCACCUAGACCCUCCUUAUACACUCACUCAUACAAUAUUAACGGCUGUAAGUUUAUUAUUGACGGGAUGUUGGAAUGAAAUCAGGGUUCUGAUGGCUGAGGUGCAGGACAGAACACAGAUGAUCAUCUGUGCUAGUUUAAUAUGUUACUGGGCUGGUUGUAACAAUAUCAGUAAAGAAAGCAGUAAAACACAAUAGCAAAUGUGCAGGACUACAAGCCUGUAGGACUAUUGAGGGAGAGUCACACUACACCACAAUCCUUCACCAGCACCCAUAUAUGAACCUGCUGAGGUGCUUUGCUAGCUGCAUGAGACUGCUGGGAAUAUUAACCUGUCAGACCAUCGGACCAGAACCACAGGAAGCUCCAGCACAUCGUACACUGUGUUGUAAAUGACAGUAGAUGAGAGGAGACUAGCAGACCAGCACCAGCGCAUCAUGUGUCACACAGCUGUACAUCAACUUCUGGUGCUAAAAUAUCCUCACCAGUGCAGUCCAACAACCACAGAAGAUCCCUGUCCAUGAUAUUCAAGAUCAACCUGAGAGACUCCACAGAUCUUCACAUCAACUGUAGUCUGUUUAAUUAGAGUAAAAAUAAAGUAUAAUUAUAGAAAUAUCA